AUGAAGGAAUUGGCGGUAAAUAUUCCUGGAUGUUCAGCAAAGUUUCCUGCUCAGCCUGAGCAGAAUCAGAAACUUGCAGAGGAAACUACUGAGCUGGUUGUUGAUAAGUUGGUUGAUGCAGAUAAGGAGGAAGCGCUCAGACAACUACUUGCUGCUGAAGAUAAGUCAGGCUACUGUCGUCCUGGCUGGUUUAGACAUGGAACACGCUGCUUUCUGUUUGUGAGGUCAAGUCAGUCCUGGAACAACGCUGAGACACAGUGUGUAGCUGAACAGGCAAGUUUGGCAUCUGUACACAACCUGGAUGAACAUAGCUUCCUGCAGAAUUUGCUUCAAGUCACGGGCAUAUCGUAUGCUUGGCUUGGUGCCUUCAACAUCCAGGGAACAUGGCGCUGGAUUGACAGAACUAGGUUCUCCUACAGUAACUGGUACUCACUAAGCGGUGCAUCCAGCUACCCGUGUGUUUUCAUGAGGAACAAUGCUGGCUGGUCUAACACUAACUGUGCAAAUGGAUAUCCAUUCUUCUGUUCUACUGACCCAAGCAAAUGCUAA